GCAACAUGGCGCGGCUACGAUUUCCAGGCCGUCCAGGAUAUAGAUUCGAUCGGUUAGGUGUCAAAUACGGUGCCGAUGAAGCUAGGAAUGUAAACGAUCCAAGUCUUGCAAUUGUUGCAUACAUUCACCAUGGAUUACGCCAAUUUAGAGAACUUUUCGGAGAAUCCGACGAGGAAGAAGACUUCGAUGGCUUUACAGCAAAGGAUGUACGAUACGGGGAAAAGAAAAUGGAGCGGGCCACGUCGGAUCUUAUCAAACAGUUGUUCAACUCGGAGGAGAAGGAAGCCGAAAGAAGCCCAGCACCCAGGACCAAAACAACGCGAUUCAGUCGUACACGAGCCGGCCUGGAGACUCUCCCCCCCUCAGAACGAAGUGGGGGCAGGAUCAAAGCAGUCGUGCGGAAGUCCUGCCACGAGUGGGUGAAAGGGGGGCUGGCCAAAUCGCCCAAGUCUCACGUGUCGGCAUCGGUUAAAGAAGUCCAACGCAUGAAGCUGCCGAAAGAUGGACAACCGAAGAGAAUCGUCCGAGGGAAGCGUUUUGUGAUAGGUCAGAGAAAAGAAAAUGUCAAGUUUAAGAAGCCAGCACUGACAGUGAAAUUAAAAUCUUUUGAUCCGUCCAAGAGUCCCAAACCUCGAGGUCGCCCGCCAAGGGUCAAUAAGGUGAAAACUGAAAUUAUAAAUAAAGUGGUGGAAAAAGUUCCCCGAAAAGUUGGGAGGCCUCGGAAAACAGGUAUUCCAGAAAAAGAGGUUAGGAAAAAAUUACCCGUUAAGGUUGUGUGUGUUCCGAAAACAAAGCAGACGGACAAGAAGAGGGCGAAACAACUGCUGGAGAAGGCUAAGAAAGGCCGAACCACCUUACAGAGUAGGGUGUCUCAACCAAUCAAACCGAAAUCGGAUCCCAACGUGGUCCAUGUCCCGAAACCGAAGAAGGAGUUUGUGUUGCCCACUGUGAGUUCAAGGUCGUCGCGUGUCAUCAUUCCGAACAAACGUUUCAUCGAGGAAGAUGGGUAUUAUGGAAAGGUUUGGAAGAAACCGAAACUGGACAAGUCUCCAGACGUCUCUCUCACUUCUCCCAAGGCCAAAGAUGGGAGUGGUAAGAAGACGAAAGACACGCCUGGCGUUAAAGCGGCGAAAACACCCGAGAAAGGAGUCGGAAGUGAUGGGAAAGAUAAGACACCUUCACGCAAAAAGAACUCCGACAAUUUUGCUAGUCCUGAUGUUGUAAUGAGCCCCAUUUUGCAUCCCAAGGGAGGCAACUCUGUCUCACUCUUCUCUUCGGUUGUGGCGGGGAAGAUGAAAAAGGACAAGUCGUUGAUAGUCGAAGGAAAGCGGCAGCGGAAACCAAGUCUAAAGAUGCGGAUGAGGAAGGGGGAGAUACCGCGGGGGAUGCUGUUGGACAUGGACGAGUCUUCCUCUGCUAGUCAGGAAAGCUCUCAAGGAUCCUCCGAAAACUCCUCUAAAUCGGUUGAUCUGUUUCCCAAGUCUGUGAGUGCCUCUACUGGCGUGAGCGUGUUUAGCCGGGCAGGGCCGAUGUCGCUGGGCAAGGGGGGACAGGACACGCUGGCAGCUAAACGCAGCGGGGACAACAUCCUCCGGAAAGCUAAACUGCAGCUGAACAGAGUCGCAGUGAACCGGUCGAAAGCAGCUCUAGCCAGAUCUCUGAAGGCACAGAUGAAGAAGGAGGCCAAACUCCAGAGGCAGCAACUACGAAAGAAAUCUUCGUUCUCCCCUCAGUCGCCAACCUCCCCCUUGGCACUGUCGCCGAUAUCUGGUACCCGAGCUUUCAUUGACGGUCCUGGCAGUCCGCCACGUCCUCUGUUUGAUAAUAAUAAUCUACCUCUGUCUCCUGACAAUGAAAAAUCAGCUAAGGAGAAGAUAACUCCUGUCAAACGUGGUUCCCAUAUAUCCCCCAAAGUCAUGUCAUCUCUUGCCGCCAAGUUGGCCACGUCUGCACAACAGGAAGUGGAGGUCGUCAUGGAGGGGGAAGAAAAGCCAGUAGAGGGGGGCACCGACGGCCGUAGCGGUGGCGGCGGCGGGCCACGCAUCAAGCAUGUGUGUCGGCGGGCAGCUAUGGUUAUACGCAAGCCGGUGGCGAAGUUCCCAUCUCCGCCGUCGUUGCGACUGAGUGCGCUCCCAAGUCUGGAGAAGGAAAAGAUGCUGCUUGAAGAGAGCAAGGCACAGAGAGAGAGAGAGUCGUCGGAUGACGAGCGCCCCAUGGAGGAGAUUAUCCGCAACGCCGCCACCCAGGAGUCCCAUGUCAUCAAGAAGUCGCCGGUCAAGUCCCACGCAGCCACCUAUCCCUUCACCAAGACGGGGCGCCGGCGGAAAGUCCGCUGCCGCCAGUGUAAGGGCUGUAUGGCGGAGGAUUGUGGCAAGUGUAUCUAUUGCCUAGACAAGCCAAAGUUUGGUGGGCGGUCAGUGAUGAAACAGGCCUGUGUCGAAAGGAAAUGCUCAAACCCAAAGUACGCAAAAGUUGCAACGACAUUUGUGUUAAAAAACAUCAAGUCACGUGAUCGCGAGCCUGACGACGACUCCCACACGGACGGUGACGGCCGACACUCCUACUCCUCAAAGUCUUCCCACAAUUCAACAGGAGGAAACAACGGUGGGCGUCGCCUCCCAAUGGUGCAGGAUGGCGACGGCCGAUCGUCCAAUAACUCCAACACCCCCCCAAUGUCAAACGCCGCUCUCCAUGAUGGAAAGAAAGCGUCAUUGUUGUCACAAGCGAGACGAAUCGCCAGGGCCAAAGAAAAGGCAGUGACAUCCCUGCAGACACCUGGUGUUUCGCUCAAACCGAUCUCAACUGGUUCCAGACCCUGGAUGACCCCUUCAGCAGAUGCGCAUCUUCUCAUGGCCGACUUCAGGGAGAGCUGUCAGGUGGAGUUGGCAUGGCAACAGGGGAUGGCGCUGACCAUGUUGGCGCCGGCCUGUGUCAGGACUGUCUGCUACCUGUGUGGCAGUGCAGGGAAACACGAGCUGAUCUACUGCACGGCGUGCUGCGAACCAUUCCACCUGUUCUGUCUGGACUACGAGGAGCGCCCGGAGGAGGAGAACAUGGAAAACUGGUGCUGUCGGCGCUGUCAGUUCUGUAAUGUGUGCGGCCACCAGAACCAUCUCCUGCGAUGUGACCGAUGUCAGUCCACGUAUCAUCCCGAAUGUCUUGGUCCGAGCUACCCAACGCGGCCGUCCAAGAAGAACAUCUGGGUGUGUACAAAGUGCGUGCGGUGCAAGAGCUGUGGCGCCACCACCCCCGGCACCGGGACCAACGCCACCUGGACCUACGAUUUCUCCCUCUGCUACGAGUGCGGCAAACUCAUGGACAAGGGGAACUUCUGCCCGAUCUGUCACAAGUGCUACUCGGAUGACGACUGGGAGUCGAAGAUGAUCCAGUGUGUCAAGUGUGAGAGCUGGGUGCAUGCUCGGUGUGAGCAGUUGUCAGAUGAGAUGUACCAGCUGUUGUCGUGCCUGCCGGAGGAUGUGCACUACACGUGCCGGAUCUGUGAGAAGCAGCGCCCCGCCCCCUGGGAGCGGCUCCUGAGGGCGGAGUUCGUGGCCAGCCUCAAGACCGUCCUGUUGAACCUGCUCAGCAUGAAGUGUGCCCAGCAUUUGCUCAAGCGUGACGAGAAGAAGGAGAGAAGGUCUGCUGAAAAAAGAAAGUCUAGUCCAAAGGGCAAGGGCUCUCCUGCAAAGUGUGUAACUCCUGUUGCCAUGGUGACACAAUCCUCCACAUCCGAAGUGCUAUCCUCCCCACAAAACUUACCCGUGGCAUCCUCCCCCCAGUCAGACUCAGCGAUACAGGCACCAGGCACAAUUCCUGCUCAAACAGACUCUGUUGCCAUGGGAACUGAUAUUAGCGCCGUGCCUGGGAGUGUGUCCGAAAACCCUGUGAACACAAUCUGUGAUAGUGCUGUGAAUUGUGAAAAAGACACAGAAGAGAAAAUCUCCAUGGAAACGGAGAGGAAUAUUUUCAAAAUAAUUGACGAGUGUUUACUGAGUGACAAAGAGACUCCAGCGUUGUGUUGUGAUGCCACAAAGAUAGACAGCCAGGGAACAAGCGACUCCCUGAAACCUGUCGCCAGGGAUACAGUUUCCAUGGAGACGGAUAGUUGUGAAAAGAGUGAUUUAAGGAAGGAGGAUGUUGUCGAUGGAAAAUUCGAAAAACUAAGUUCCGAAUUGCCGGCAAGCGACAUGAUAGGCACGGAGGACGACCAGGAAUUGUUGUCGUACUUGAAAAGUUACGGCGAAAGUCCCGAGAGAGACACGGGUUCAAAGAACGACCACAGUUCUCAGGAUCAGCACCAAUCAUCCCUCAUUCUUCCAUCUGUCUCGGGUUCCGUGCUCGACAAGACGGACAGUGUCGCCGAAGCAGAAGGCAACAUAUCAGGGGAGACAACUCUCUCUGCCAGCACGCCCCCAAUGUUCGUGGAUACCUCCGACUCCAGCAUGUCGAUGGUGGUGCAGGUCGACUCGGUGGAGAAGCUUGCCGAUCCGCUAAAGUCGUCUGACUUGGAGUCCCUUGCCAGCAUGCAAACAGUGAACAAUCAGACGCCCACUAAGUCUGGGUCCGGGAGUGUCACGGUGAUGACGCCGGACUCGUCUGCGGGGAAAAAGAAAUACUGUGACAGCAGAGAUUUCCCGACGGACUUCGAAGCCGUGCGCGACAAGUUAGAGACCAAUGUCUACGAGAGUGUGGAGGAGUUCAGUGAGGACAUGGUGCACAUCAUCCAGACGGCGCUCAGCAACCCCGAGGAGCAGACGCACACCCGCAGGAAGGUCAACAACUCGGUCAGAUCCGUCUUUGUCAAGCAAAUGGAGAAGUGCUUCCCCUGGUUCAACAUCAACACUUGCAAGCUGUGGGAACACAACAAGAGUUUGCCAGACGGGAUGUUGCCGGAUGCGGUGCUGCCACCUAGCGGUGAUCACACGUACGCCCAGUGGCUGGAGAGGGAGGACCCGCCAUUGUCACCCCAACCGUCGCCAUUCAAACGAAUACAGUGCAGUCCCAUCAAGAAGAUGGUGCCCAUGUCCUCCAUUGAUGGCGACAGUGAGACGAGUUCCGUCAUGGCCAUGUCCGACUACGGAGGGGAUGAUCUCAGACAGUGUCUGCUCUGUUCGUCUUUUGGAGACGAUUUCCCAAAUGAUGCGGGCCGUCUGCUGUAUGUUGGUCAAGACGACUGGGUGCAUGUCAACUGUGCACUGUGGUCGGCGGAGGUGUUCGAGGAGGCAGACGGCAUGCUGCAGAAUGUCCACAUCGCCGUCGGCCGGGGACGCCAGAUGCGUUGCGACUACUGCAGCAGGUCAGGUGCCACGGUGGGGUGCUGUAACCGAGGCUGCUCCGCCAACUACCACUUCAAGUGCGCCAAGGCCGACCACUGUCUGUUCCAGGAGGACAAGAAGGUGUACUGCAAAUACCACACCACGCAGGUCGACGGACAGCUGGUGGAGGAAGAUGGGUUCCGGGUGUUGAGGCGGGUGUGUAUCGAAACACAGGGUCGCUACCAGAAGAAGACCUGGAACAAAGGGGUGCACCCCUCCACUCUCAACAUCCUCAUCGGUUCGUGUACCAUCGAGAGCCUGGGCUACCUGGGGCCACUGUCGGACGUCAAGGGAUGUCUCCUGCCCAUAGACUUCAUAUGUACGCGGGUGUAUUGGAGUACCCAGGAUGCACGGCGGCGGUGUGUGUACACGUGUCGGAUCGUGGAGAUGAGACCCAACCCGACCAGCCCGGAGGUGAAGAUCAGUGACAUGAGGAUCGUCCAUGAUGAAACCCAUCCCGAUUUUGUGCCCUUGGAUCGUCUGACUCCAGACGCCCUGGCUCUGCUCCACAUGCUCAGUCCUACCUCCAACACCAACGUCACAAUUAUGGCUGAGACAGCCGUCGCCAAGGUAACGGCCAGGGACCCGAACUCUGUCGUACACCAGUCCAGUAGCUACAGGCCAUCACAGGACAGGAGCACUUCCGUCUCCCUCAAAGAAUCCCCUGCCUCUCACACCAGUCUUCAGAAAGAACAAGUGUCGGAACCACAGCCGAAGUUUGAUCUCAACUUGCUCUCACCCAAUACAUUAAAAUACCUCAGUAAAGCUGAUGUGGACAGGUAUAUGGCGAGUCAGCCAAAACAGCCGGCACAGAAACCAGCCGAUGAUGAAUUUGGAAACCUUUGUAAGAUCGUUGACAGAUUAAAUGAGGCUGCUGGGAAGUCGGUGAAGAGGGCAGACAGUGCCGACCGGACAUUUAGAGCUGCAUCGCCUCCUACGAUGGUCAGAACCAAGCGGUCAUCAUCUUGUGAUAUUCAGCCAUACACACGAGAUGGCCCCAAAUCGUGUCAACCGUUCUCCUCGUCUCCUGCACCGAGGCCAGCUUCUGUAGCUUCCAUGCCAAUAAGGGUCAAGGUCAAAUCCAGUUCUAGUUUAGGACCCAAUGAGCCAAUCAGAAUAUCUGUUGCUCCCCAUAGGGCUCUGACUCCUCCGAUAGUAGAUCUCACUCAGGAGACAUCGGAUGUGAUUGUCCUUGAGGAUGAUGAAAACAAAGUCGUGUCAGCUUCAGACGUUACUGAUGGAGCUGCACCGAAUGACCUUGAAACUGAACCGAAUGACCUUGAAACUGAACCGAAUGACCCCCUACUUCUGUCCCCAGAGCAAGAGAUCGCACAGCAGGUUCUGGACAGCGUUCCGCCGGAGAUUCUGGAGAGCAGUGAUGGGCAGACGGUCGUCAUCAUGACGGACAACCCAGACAUUUCUGAGGAGGAGGCACUGCUCUUGGCUCAGGCCGCACUCAGCGAGGAGGUGGGUGAUGUCCAGGACGAUGACAUUCUUGGAGGAGAGGAACAGAAGGAGGGUCAGGAUGAAGGAGAGAUGGAAGUAGACGAUCAGAGGGAGGAAGAACCAAUCAGGAGGCAGGAGGAUGCUGGUUGUGAACAGGUGAAUGAGGCUGUAGCCACAUCUCACAGUUGUGAGUCUGAAAGAGAAGAACCAGAAAGUAAAUCCUCGGAGACUAUGGACGUCUCAGAAGACAAUACGAAUGCAACGGUUGAGAAAGAAACGAAGGAGAGUGAAACUGAGGGGAGAGUGACAAAGCCCACAUCUGAUGUACUUCCUGAGACACCAGCCCAAGAUGGGUUACCUUCUACAGGAGCUACUUCUAGUUCCGAUACACCUGAUGUGUCCCAAAUUCCAUCAUUGGCAGAUGUAGCCAGUCAAAAUAUUACCAAGAAUCCAAUGGAGAAUCAGACGGAGAUUCCUACACCAAAUCCUACUGAAACUCCUCCCGCCAGCCCUGUCAAGGAUCUUACUAAGAAUGUAACUUCAAGUUCAGACAAGGAAGAUCCUGAUUGUUCCACCAGGAAACUGGAAUCGAGUCCGGUUAAGUCUCCCAUGAGUCCUUCUGAUAAUCUUGCCGAGAGUCCUGCAAAGAUUUCUACCAUGAGUUCUGAGAAUCUUGAGCCAAAUACUUCUGAGAAUCUUGAGGUAAGACCUUCUGGGAACCUUGAGGCUAGUCCAUCAAAGAAUCUUGAGACAAUUCCUUCAAAGAAUCUUGAGGCAAGUCCUCCAAAGAAACUUGGGGAAAGUCCUGCAAAGAAUCUUGAGGCAAGUCCUGCAAAGAAUCUUGAGACAAGUCCUUCAAAGAAUCUUGAGGCAAGUCCUUCAAAGAAUCUUGGGGCAAGUCCUGCAAAGGUCCCUGCUGCGAGUCCUUCCAGAAAGCCUGCAGGGAGACCUGCAGUGAGUCCACCAACUCCAGGACACAAGAGGGAAGCAACAGGGGUCAUAGAUCGGAAGAUAGUUGAGCACCACGAAGAACGUGUCCCCAUCUACAAACAGGGAAUGCUGAUUGGCUGGAAAAUCAACCUGGAUGAUGUGAUGGAGGACAAGAAGGAUGUGAAGGAUGAAAUCAAGGAGGAGAUGGUUGACGUGGAGGAUGUUCAGGAAGAUCCUUAUCCAAGGAUGUCACUGCGUCCAGAACCAACGCAUCUUGCCGACAGAGAUGAAGAGACAUCUUCGGGCAUGAGGUUACCAGUGACGGUGACCCCACCCGAACAUGUCAAACGCAUUGCUGUGGACCAUACUAGAGUUGCCAAACGUGUCGUUGCUCUUGGUGAAGAUGACAUAGGAUCACAGCGACCAGGGACGAAUGAUGCGAGAGUUCAGGAUUGUGUAGGCGAGCUGACAGAAUCGCAGUUUCUGGCGUCAGAAGUGGGCAUUGAGAAGAUGGACAUCAGUGUGGAGGAUGUGAAGAUAGAGCAGGAUUGGGAUGCCGUGUCUGAAGAGCAGAAGGAUGAAGCGGAGGACAGUUCCGAGGAGCUUACUGUAAAGUUGGAGAUGACUAAAAUGACCCAAAAUGAGUCUGAGAUUCCAGAUGAUGCAUAUGAGGAGGAGAAGACCGAUGUCCCCAAUAGGACGUCCAUGAAGAAGGGCUGUGCUCCCCUGAAGACCUACCCCUUGCGACGCACGAGUCAGAGACUUGGCGAUGGUGGGGAGACGGGGAAACAAGCAGCGGAUGCUGAAACUGUGUCGGAGGAACUGCCACUUCAUGACAAGAUUGCCCGCAAAAUUAAAGCCGAGAGUCUGGCAAAGAGCAGUCCGGGUGUGAAAGGACCGUUCAAGUGUCUUACAUGUAAGAGGCUGUACCGAACCAAGGAGAGCUUCAACACCCAUGUCCAGAACUGUGACUUCGAGCUGAGCACGAGUGAAGACGAGGAGGAUGAGAACCGUCUGCGAGAGGAAGAGGAACCAAAGACCAGGUAUCCCGUUCGGUCCAGGUACAAGUCUGUAGAUAGCCAGGACUGUAUCGUCAAGCUGACCGACAUCAGUAAAGCAACAGAAUUCUCCAAGUACAACAAGACUGACAAAGACAGUGCACCUCCUGUGAAGAGAAAACCGGGAAGGCCACCCAAACAUAAACCUGUUCCUGUAAAGGAGAAGUUACCCGCGGUUGUGGAUUUGUGUGAAAGUGGAGAAGAAUCUAAGCAGGAUGAACCUGUCCGUCGUGGCAGAUCAUCCAAACGUCUGUUAAGUCCGCCCGAUGUCUCCGAAUCAAAGAAACCUGUCUCCCCGGAGAGUCAAGAACCACCACAGAAACGAGGUCGAGGACGGCGUUCCAGGCGAAGCGAUCCAGUCUCGCCCAACAAGAAAGGUGAAUCAGAGAACGAGAUGGACACCCAAUUAUCCCCAUCUGCAUCUGAAACCAGAAAAGCAAACGCUGAACUUUCUCCAACUCACGUGACCCCGAAACGGGGCCGAGGCAGACCCAAGAAGCAAAGCACACCCUCGGAGAAUACGGAGGAGGGUGGAUUGAAGACUCCCCCUAAGAUUGGACUGCAAAAGGACGAGAGUUUGAGUCCUGAGUUCCGAUUGUGUGAGGUCACUGGUAUGUUGAAGAACAGGAAGGGUGAUCUCAUGGAGAUACCGAUACCCUCGCCAUGCAAAACAGAUCAGUCGGUUACGCAAACGAAUGUUGAAAUUGGUAGUAAACCUUCUGAUCAGAAGUUGAUUGAAUCUGUGAAAUUGUCAGAAUCUGACCCAAAAUGUUCAGAAACAACUCAAUCGGUCUCUUGUGAUGAAUUACCUCGGGUCCAGAAAACUGUAUUUAACAAUUUAAAUGCUGAUAAGCUGCUGAAAGUGUCACCACAGGAUGUGAUAUCUGAACUUGACAUUGAAGAUCCUAUGGACAGUGCCUGUGUUAGGGAUGAGGAGCGGAACGUGUCUGCUGUGUGCCCUAAAGGAAUGACGUCUGCCGUGUCCCCUAAGGGAAUGACGUCUGCUGUGUCCCCUAAAGGAAUGACGUCUGCUGUGUCUCCUAAGGGAAUGACGUCUGCUGUGUCCCCUAAAGGAAUGACGUCUGCUGUGUCUCCUAAGGGAAUGACGUCUGCUGCGUGCCCUAAGGGAACGGCGUCUGCUGCAGCAGUGUCCACUGUGGUGAAGCGAGAUGUGUCCAAGGUCAUGGAGAUCCUGGAGGGUAAAAUUCAACCAAAACCAAAACCUGUAGAGAGUGCUGAGGACAGGGUUCACUCUCAGGUAGUAGAGCAUGCAUUGCACAAGCACAAGGUAGACGCUCAGCAGUGUGCGAAGAAAGCAGACGUCCAGAAUGUAAGGAAAGCAGACAUGCCGAAUGCAAAGAGUCUAGAACAGGCGUCUCGAAGUAUUCCCCACGAAGAUUUCGAGGUUGACAUAAGACGCAGGAGGAGCAGGGAUGAAAAUUCUUCAGAACAGUGUUCACACUUCAUGGACAAGGAAAAGAGUACAAAGCAGGUUCAGUAUUACAUGGUGUAUCCCCCAAAGGCUAAGAACAUUCCUGAACUGGACAACAUGUCGGGGCAAACUGACCCAGAGGCGAGAUCCGACUCGGGGUCGCUCCCAGGAGACAAGAGAUGCGAGACUCCCCAGGAUACGGGGAAAACAAGAGCGCUGAGUACCAAGCCUAAGAAUCAUGUUAAACAAAGUAAGUCUAUUGCCCCAGCAGUCCCACAUGUCUCCAAGUGUAUGCCUUCAACAAUCACAAAUCUUUUGAAUGCAGUCGGAAAAUCUGUGCCUCAUCCAAAUAUCCCACAACCCCUCACCAUUCCUUCGCCAGGGGGAGACAACUCUAGCAUCAUUGGACGCACGGCAGCUCAACAGAGGAAUAUUUUUGAAACGUUCCAGCCUCAGCCGAGUGUAAAUAUCCUUGGGAGUCCCCCUCUGGCUGGAGUCCACACGUCAAAUGUGCUGGAGAAUGCCGUGGCGCAGCUGAACCAGCCCCGAAUGUUGUCGGCCACAAUACAGACAACUUCGCAAGCCAUCCAUACUCAUAUGCCGCAGCCUCUCACCAUCAACACCAGCCCCCAGCAGUCCAUCACCACCUUCUCACUCGACCAGUGCCCCAACAUCAUGUCCAACAUUCCAGGACUUCUCCACAGGCCGACACUACCAAGCAUCCUCAGUCCCAUAAACCAACCUCACUACCAGGCCAACCUCCUUGGAACCAGCCCCACGACACUGCUGCAGUCCAACCAAACCCUGGGUCUUCUCACCCAGCAGCAGAGUCCUUCGAGUGUUCUAGUUCCUCAGAGCCAGCAGGUCCUGCCUCCGAAUCUUGUGUCGCAGCUGGGGAACCUCCUCCCGAGCCAGUUGACACCUCAGCAGGCCAGCGUGGUGUCCCGGCUCAACCUCCAGCAGCAGCAGCAGGGCGGGAUGGAGUACAUGGGCAGCUUCCUGCUGGACCCCAAGACUCCCCCGCAGCCGUACGUGUCUGUGUCUCAGGCGUCGCCGGUGCUGACCCCCUCCCUCACUCCACACCAGACACAGCAGAUCAUGAACCUGGUGUCGGGGUCUGUGUUGAACAAGGGGACCAUUGUGAACCAAAGCGUGGUGCCAUCUCCGGGGAUGCUUCACCAGCCCUUCGCUGGCCCCUCCCACGUCUCGCCGCCACCCAACCCCGUCAUCAGCGUGGUCCACUCCAGGGCCGACACCAUCCUCCAUAGCAACCUCAUCAGACAUCUGCCCGACGGAUGCAAGACGGUUGUGUGUAGUCACUCGGAAGCUUUGUCCAUGUUGAAAAAGAUCCUUCCUUCAACCAAGCAGGCAGGCGACGUAUCUGCCGCCACGACCCCAUCGGGACCGACCAAGGUCACAGUGAGUUCACCGAACCUCAGGAACAUCCUGAACGACAGUCCACUCAAAGGUGGCCCUGUCUGCUCAGCAACCCUCCAAGAAUCCACUGUUCGACCGCAUCACAUCGUCCACAAGCCCGGCACGGGGAUCCACAAGCCUGGCUCUGCUGUCAACAGCCGGCUGACGGUUCUCAAGAAAAUCCUGAAACCAACUAUCCUCCAUAGAAAGAAGGCAGCGAGUAACAUCACCCUGACCGCAGUCAAACAUCACCUUGCGCUCAGUCCGGAGAAAAAUGGUAUCAUUCAAGGGCAGAUCUCAAAAAACAUUUGCAACUCUCUCGAAGACCAUAUGCAUAGGCAGCAUGAGACGUCCCCCGUGAAGACCUCGACGCCUUCCUCCCACAUAGACGCAGGGCACACCUACACGAAGGUUUCGACUCAAGUCAAACAUUUGUCUAAGUCGGGAUCUGAACUUGUCACAAACCUCUCAUCCAAGAUAACAAAGAACCGACUUGGGGCCAAGGUCAAGAAAUCGGCCAUCAAGGCCGGGAAGGUCACGAAGAUCUACAAGAAGAACAUGGCGGGAGUCCGAGGAGGGGUCAAGCCUGUUGGAGUCAGGCAGAGGAAGAGUCAGCAUCGCCCCAGAAACAUCCAUGAAAAAUACAAACCAGCGAGUGCCGUUAGCCAUCCCAUGAUUCACCACCAGAAGGAAGUGAUGUCACUACCGCAGCCCGAGAUGGAGGAGGAAGUGCGUGAAACUCCCAUGAUGCCGUUCUUUGACAUCACCAAUCAUCGGCGGAGAUCGGAAGCCAAGCCCAAGGACGAGCCUCGACUGAUGUUUGAGAUCACGAGCGACGACGGCUUCCAGUGUUCCGGCGAAACGAUGGACGAUGCGUGGCGGCAGGUGACGGAGCGAGUUCAGGAUGCUCGGGCCGCUGCCAGGCUGAAGGCCUUGUCGUACGCCGGCAUGAACAGCGCCAGCAUGUUUGGCGUCAACAACAGCACCGUUGUGUACCUGGUGGAACAGCUGUUCGGGGCACAGCACUGCCACAAGUACAGCUUCCACUUCUUCCAGCACGAGGUCGAGCAGCAGGAGGAGGAACCUGCGGAGAACCCCAGUGGCUGUGUACGGGGCGAGCCGUUCAUGUCCCGCAAGCCGUACGACAUGUUCAGUUUCCUCAUGUCCCGCUAUCGCAGCAAGCCCAUGUCGGACGCAGGGCAGCAGAACGUUGAGAUGAUCCACAAGUCGGCCAGACGAGCCACCAGCAUGGACCUGCCGAUGGCGAUGAGGUUCCGCAAGCUGCAGGAGCACGCCAAGGAGGCUGUGGGAGUCUACAGGUCUCACAUUCAUGGCCGAGGGCUGUUCUGCAAGCGCAACAUUGACAGUGGGGAGAUGGUGAUCGAGUAUGCAGGGGAGGUAAUCCGUUCUUCCCUCACCGACAAGCGAGAGAAAUACUACGAGAGCAAGGGUAUCGGGUGCUAUAUGUUCCGUAUCGAUGACUUCGAGGUGGUAGACGCCACCAUGCAUGGCAGUGCGGCCAGGUUUAUCAACCAUUCCUGCGAGCCCAACUGCUACUCCAGGGUCAUCAACGUGGACGGCAAGAAGCAUAUUGUCAUCUUUGCCAUGAGGCCAAUCAGCAAGGGAGAGGAGCUGACGUAUGACUACAAGUUCCCCAUCGAGGAGGUGAAGAUUCCGUGUUCUUGUGGCUCCAAGAAGUGUCGCAAGUAUCUCAACUAACCACGGGCGUCACUGCAGCACCAUUGGCCAUUCUAUCAUGGAGAAGAAACACAAUGUGGAAUCCUACUAGUCAGCCUUGAAGCAAAACUGGUCUUGUGUGUUAUUCGAGAUUGCAUUCUUGUAUGAAAAUGUUCCGUCAGAAAUGAGGAGAAGCAAAAAAGAGGAGUCGUGUCUGCUACUGCAAUGAUGAAGUGAGAUUGUGUAUGUCAUGAGUUGAAAGGGGCACAGUUUCAAGGAGAAUUCGUUGGUCAAGGUCACACUGGAAGACUCUUUAAGAUGUUUCCAUGGGGAUGGUUGCCAUGGGGAUGGUUUCUUGAUUCCAUAGCAAUGGUGGAGUUGGUGGUGAUGGUCCAUGCUCAGACUGAAGUAACAGGUGUUUUUUGCAUCGAGUAUGAGACUGUUGAAAAGUUUGUGGUGUAUAAAAUAUGCAAGUGUUGAAUGUUGGACUCGUGUGUUGGCAGCUAGUGAUUGUCAGGUCCACGUACCUCACAACCGGGACACAGGAGCAGGACUUACAGCUUGCCAAUAACAGGUGCUUCCUGGUGGCCAAACACAAGGACGAUGUUGGAUUUACAGGGGGCACCUGUUUCACUAUGGAGAGAUUUGUGUCCAGCCUUGCUGCUUGACUCUGUGUCCCCAAGAAGUCUGUUCCAGGCUGGUGAUAGAUGUGGGGCACCUGUUUCACUGUGGAGAGAUUUGUGUACAGCCUUGCUGCUUGACUCUGUGUCCUCCAGAAGUCUGUUCCAGGGUCAGGCUGGUGAUAGAUGUGGGGCACCUGUUUCACUGUGGAGAGAUUUGUGUCCAGCCUUGCUGCUUGACUCUGUGUCCUCCAGAAGUCUGUUCCAGGGUCAGGCUGAUGAUAGAUGAGGGGCACUUGUUUCACUGGGGAGAGAUUUGUGUCCAGCCUGGCUGCUUGACUCUGUGUCCUCCAGAAGUCUGUUCCAGGGUCAGGCUGAUGAUAGAUGUGGGGCAACUAUUUCACUGUGGAGAGAUUUGUGUACAGCCUGGCUGCUUGACUCUGUGUCCCCCAGAAAAUUGUUCCAUGGCCAGUCUGGUGUUAGAAAUGGAUCUUGUAUUGUGUAGAAGAGGGAACAGUACCCAACAGAUACGGGAACAAAAGGAUUCAAAGUUCAACUGACAGGCACUUGUCCUGAAGUCUAAAACAGAUUCACAGCAUGACAAUGGGUGUUUGUAUUCCGAGUAAAUAUGUUUAAAGUUGUGACAAGCCAAGCCAAAGUUGAGACUGGAUGCAUGUUUCUGUCAGAACAAGCACCUGGUAUGUGUGAAGGUCAUGCAUCCAGUACUUGUCAGCCAGGGCCCUGUUCCUCAAAACGAUCUUAGCGCUAAGUUGAUCGUAACUCCUAUACUUUAACAUAGACUUACGACUGUUAUAGCGCUAAGAUUGCUUUGUGGAACAGUGCCCAGGAUUGUGUUGUAGAGACUGGCAGCCAUGGCUACAUUCACCAAGGCAGCUAUUACCAAUGGCGUCAGUAUCUUAUUCUCAAGCCAAGAGGGUGUCGCGGUGUACAGGUGGACACCACCAGGGUGCCGUUGUACAAAGCGAUCUUAGUACUAAGGUGAUCGUAACUCCCAUACCUUAACAUAGACUUACGACAGUCGUAGCGCUAAGGUUGAUUCAUACAACGGGACCGGGGUCCUUGUCAACUUAGUUUACGUUAGACCUGGCUCACAUCGAUGCCCAGUGAUGUUUGGUAGUGUUUAUGCUAUUCACCUGUAAUGGGAGAAUUCAUUAGCAGCUGCAUACAGUCACUCUUGUACAGGGUGACGACCGGGAUCAGGGUGUCGUUGUACAAAGCAAUCUUAUCGCUAAGGUCAGGCUUUUUAUAUUUUUAGGAUUACAGAUUUUUCAGCCUAAAGUCCAGGGUUGGAGGAGGGGGGAAAAAAAAGCCAGAUAAAAUCUUUUUUUAAUGCAGAAUGCCUCUGGGAUACUUUAUGAACAUAUUCUGUGCUCAAAAGACCGUCAUUUGUGACGAUAAAGCUCCUUGUAUCAACAAAAAUUCUACCACUCGCAACAUGGACAAUUGUCAAGGGAGGCUAUUCAUGUUCGGCUUCGAGAUCAACAAAGAUCAAUUAUGUAUCUCUUUAAGGGUUUACAAUGGUAAAUUAAUAUGUUUUUUACUAAAAGGUGAUGAUAACUAAUAAAAUAACUGACUACGCGGCUAUCGGCAGGGGAAAAAAAUGGAAAUCUGAGUACUUUAUUUUUACAUUUUCUCAAAAAUUAGAGUCGGCGGGUCCAUAUCCGAAAAAUAUAAAACGUCUGGCCUAAGGUGAUCAUAUCUCCCAUACUGGUACCUUAACAUAGAGUUACAACAGUGGUAGUGCUAAAGUUGUUUUGUACAACCGCACCCAGGUGGUCAGGCUCACUGACUUGGUCGAUCAUGUCAUUGUAUCCCACUUGCGUAGAUCGAUGCUCAUGAUGUCAAUCACUGGAUUGUCAGGUUUAGACUUGAUAAUAUGCAGGCCACUGUCAUAUUGCUCGAAUAUUGCUGAGUGCGGCGUUAAACAACAACCAAACAAACAAUCAAACAAAAACACAAUGCUAAAGAAACAUUAACUGUUUGGUCUUUAUCUAACGCCCAGCUCUUACUAUCAAAUUUUGCUCAUUAUUCAUGGAGGAAUCGUGGUAAUUAUAUACCAUAAUAUCACCUUCAAGUCUGGAGCCCAUAGUUUCAUUUUUGAUCUUCAUAUCUGUUAAAUAUGGAAAUAGGCUUAAAAUCGGAUAUUAAUUUUGGAGUGUUCUUCAUUCGAUGAAGUUGCUUCCUGUUCAGAUGUAAAAUCCAUGUAUAUUUUCUCAUUUAAAACAACUUAACAGUUAUUAAAAAAUAUUAAGUGAAGGGUGCCCUUUAUUUUGCCCUGGACUUAAUUUUGGAUAAAUAUUUUAAAUGAGAAUGUGUUAUGUUCCGUAAUUAGGCCCAGGGCUUAAAUGCAGGAAGCCUUGGUAAUGUGUUUGCAAGUAGAACAACUGGUUCACAUAUGUGAUGGCUAAUGAUACUCGUGGUUGUUUGGUUUCAGUUUAAUAGGGGGGCACGGGUGGCCCAGUCAUCUAAGGCGCCGCGAUUCGCUGUGCAGAGUUGCGUCCCUUGGGCACGCCAGAAACCUAUGAUUGUGGGUUCGAAUCCCGGUUCGCCCCGAUAAUGUUUCUAGGUUUGUCAGCUCGUGGGUUUCACCGAAGUGGUUAACGUCUGAGACCUGCAUCACUUUGGGCUUUCCUCCCACAUUAAGCUGACACACCGCAAUAUAACUGGAAUACUGUUAAAAGCGGCGUUAAACCCAACUCACUCACUCAAUUCAGUUUAAUAGAUUAUUAAAAAAAAACUUAUCAUUGUCAAAGAUUCAUGUGACGAAGGUUUGGUUUUAUUUGUUGUGCAGGGAGAUUUGAUCCUGAGGAACAGUUUUACUCUGUGCCAUUGAAGUAUUAUGAUAUACAGCAUAAUGCCCAGUUGACAGUUGCUACACUGUAUGAGAUGAAAUACAGUGUUGUAUAUAGCUGUGUAUAGUGUUGAUGUGCUAUGACAUUUAUAUACCACGGUUACAAUAUCGGAUGUGUUCAUAUAUGUGUGUUUAUGACUGUAACUGUGUACGUGUUGUCAGAACUAGAAGCAGGCACACCUCUUUCCUGCAAUAGUGCCCCCCCCCAUUGUGUGCAGGAAUUGUGUUGAUUCAUCGAGAAGAAAUAAUGCAUAUCAGUUUCCCAGAACUUGUGAGUAUCAGUGCAGACAAUCCAGUGAUUGACAUCAUGAGCAUCAAUCCACUGGUUUGUCUGGUCCAGACUUGGUCCAGGGGUCGUAAAUCGAUGUAUUGUAUCCAGGGCCUCGUAUCGCGAUACAGGGGUCGUAAAUUGAUGUAUUGUAUCCAGGGCCUCGUGUCGCGAUACAGGGGUUGUAAAUCGAUGUAUUGUAUCGUGGGCCUCGUAUCGCGACACAAUACUGUAUCACCGUUUUGUUACAACAGUAAAAGCCUCACUAAGUGAUUUGUUGUAAAUAAAUGGAAGUGAAUCUCAGACUACCAGUAAGGUGAGCCUGUCGUGUGAGACUGGUGUCCUGUGAUGUCCAGUGUACUGUAGCUCACCUACAGCUCUGUAGUUCAUUGUUAUAAGGAGAAGUGCCUUCACUGGUCCAGAUGCUGGUUCGCUAUAAUGUAGCAAACAAUAUCAAUUUUCAAAACACAAGUUGCUUGAAUUGAUUGUAACUGAAUUAAGCUGUUUGUAAAAUUUCUUACUAUGCUUUGAUAAUAUGAACUUUAACAAAACUAAAAAUGAUUUAUUUUGGAAAGGUAUGUGAUCAAAUAUAGAGUGUGAUCAACAGUGGUAUUUGGGAAUACCAUAUUCGAAAUAAUAAGCACCCAGGGCGCUCUCAAAAUUAGAAAUGGGGGUCUCUUUUUAGGAUAUUAUUUUGGUGAAAAACAACAGAGUUCAAAGAGCGUAAAUUUGGGGGUUUAUGCUGAAAUCUUUGUAAACGACAGAUAUAUUUUUCCAGAAUGUAAUUGCCCAUAAUUAAGGUUGCAUAUAACAAACGUAUUAUGCACGAAUAAUAAGCCUUGUGUACUUUUAUCAAUCGGAAGGGGUGCCAAUUAAUAUAGGAUUGUUCACUAGCCAGUAUAUUAACAUAUAUCGCCGUGGGCGCUUAUUAGAGCGGGGCGCUUAUUACGUCGAAUACGGUAGGUGUUGAAAGUCCCGACAAGCCCUUUGAUGUACAGGUCACAUUAGACUAGAGUUUUCAUAUUUUUGUUAUGACAUCAACUUGGCACAUAUUCUGCUUGAUACAACACAAUCCCAUUAAUCAUACUGUUGGUAAACGAUCAAGUUCAAUUAAAAUGUUUUUUACUGUCUGUAGUAAGCGAUGGAUGAUGAAGUUGUGCAUACUCAUUUCAUUUUGUAAAUCAGAAUGAGGAGAUUGCUGUGUGUGUUAAUGAAAUAAAGGAACCAUUGUUUUAUAUUCUCAGUUUGUCCCCCAACUUUGCCUCCACAUUUUAUGCAGAAACGUGCCUUAUACAGUUGUACUUUGAGUUUCUGGCCAGUGGGAUUGACAGGGAAUGUUAUAACGUUGUUAUAAGGUGGUGUGUAACCUAGUGAUUACUGAUAUAGUGAUACGUUGUUUUUCCCAGUAUAACUGUGUUGUGUAACAAUAUGUAUAUCCCACAGUGGAAUCUGUGGAGUGGUUCCUUCUGUCAACAUUUGCUGAUGGAUUGCUUCAAAUGUAGGACAAACUCCAUUUUGAAAAACAGGAAGGGGAGACCACUCCGCCAAGCAAUCUGUACUAAACUCCAUUUUGAAAAAUAGGAAGGGGAGACCACUCCGCCAAGCAAUCUGUACUUGCCAUGCAAUAAGCCUAUAUUCCCUGCUUUGAUAUACACACGAUGUAUGACGUAUUGUUCCACUUGAUAUAUCGGAUUAUUCCUCACGGGAGCUGUUAUUAGACCACGGAAGUCCAUCACAGUCAUUAUUUAUAUCUUGUGCAAGUUGCAUAUUAUUUUAUGUCUAUGGUUGUUGAGCGCGUGUAUAUAUGUAAAUAUGAACAAGCACCGAUCAGGGACGCCUCACCCAAGGAAGUCCGUGGCAUUUGUUCAUUAAAAGUGUAGAUAGUACACAUUGUUUUUCAUGAAUUAUCCAAAUGAAUCCGUAUAUAUUUUAUUAUGAAUCUCAUGACCAUAUGCACAAACUUACAUCGUAUCAAGUCUUAGAGAUGCUCGUGUUGUCACUCAUGUAGCCGAACAGUGGGAGUAACCAUGGUUACAGGUUACAAAAAUUAAAAGGGUAAUUUUAAGAAACAGGAUUUCGUUUAAAUAGCGUUUAUCAUUGUACAUUAUCUGCCAUGGAAUCUAUGAAUUCUGGGUGACAAGAGGAUCACAAUAGAAAAACCUUGUUAUUCCACACAGUUUGGCUUUUAUAACUGUCCAUACUGAUGAUGUUCCUGAGUAACAAAGUACAAUUAAGGGUGAAACAAUACAUCAGAUACAUUGGUUUUUUUUGUAUCGAUACAGGAUGAUACACUUGCUGAAAUAAAUUACUUGCUCCUCGUUCAAUGACCCCUGGCGUUUUUGUCAGUCAGAUAUCGCAUUGUAUUGUAAUUAGCGUUUUAAGUUCACAACUAAAAAUACCUGCUUCGAACAUGUGUCUGCAGCUAGCUUUCCUUUUGAACCUCCUCUGAAAUAUAUAUUGUCAAGACGUUUCCAUGCGAUUUGUGCAUCGCGAUACGUAACGUAUCGUUUCACCCCUAAAUACAACAUACCACCCUACAAAAACAAAUGUAUGCAUUUUAGAACAAAGUAUAUUUGGCAGCAUGAUAUUUAAUUAACGAUGAAUUAAAAUGUUCAUAUCCCAGUUAGAUUUGCUCAAGCUUAUUCUGUCUCAAAAUAUAUCAAUGCUCUUACGUUUCUGCAAGACUUGACACAAAAUGCAUCAAUUUGCCUUUUUUUUCAGUAUUAUGUAGGUUGAUAAUUUUGUUUUAAGUCAUAAUCAUGAUCCUAGUUUUAGAGAAACCACAGUGGGAUGGCAUUUGUUCAAGCCCCUAUAUAUACAUGAUUAUAUCCAGUGGUACAUGUAAGGUUUCACCCUAUGGUAUAACUGUACGUAUCACGCUGUAUGCAUACGAUAUCACACCAUUAUUUAACAGUUUUUCGUUGUGAUUGUGCAUUUAUUUCAUGUUUGCAACUUCCAUGCUUUUUCAUACAUUUUUUACUUGUUUGAAAAACAAUGUACAGACUAAUUUAUUGUAAAUAGUUGGACUCAAUUCGCUCGUUUUUAUCUCAAGUUGAUGUACAUAUGAAUAAACCUAUCUCAGACAA